AUGGCCGAAGCCGUGGGUCUUGCAUCAGGGGUGCUAACUUUGGCCUCCUUCGCUUUCAAGUCUAGUGUCUCACUUUACAGCACUGUGAAGGGAUACAAGUACCACCCUAAACGUGUGCGCGAUCUUGUUCAGGAGGCUAAGGAUUUGAGCGAGGUUCUCUCUUUACUUACGGACACGGUCCACGCUGCUGCUGAUCUGGAUCUUUCUGUUCUUGAACUUCCUUUGCGACGAUGCGGCGAGGCUUGCAAAGAGUUUGAACAUGAACUAGCGAGGUGUUCAUCGCGGUCUGGUGGCGACCGGACUAGCUUCCGGGACUGGGUGAAGCUACAAUAUAUGGGUGACGGUAUCGAUGAGUUUACUCAUCUCCUCGCCGGGUACAAGUCCACUAUCCACAUUGCUCUUGCUGAUGCAAACCUUCGCCAGUCCACUGUUACCGCCGAGGGUCUCGAAAAGUACCAGACGAUGAUCAAAACAGCCACUGACGACCUCGAAGCUCGUCUAGAGAGCAUUGAUGAAAAGCUCGCGGUCGUCUUUGAACGCACGGUGACAGCGACCGACUCCGAUGCAAAAGACUUGCAACGAAUUAGAGAAGAGCGUUCGAGCACGCAGAAAUGCCUCGAGGUGUGCGCGCAAUUAGCAGAUCACAUCGAUCGGAUUCAGCUCCAGCCAGCCACCGGUCCAAAUACUCCCAGCUCCGUGGACGCGAAUCCUUAUCCAAAUCGGGUCACUAACGAGAGCCUGCAAGCUUGCAAGGAGCGGCUUUCCCAAACAGUGAAUAAUUUGGAAAAGCACAUGGAAGACUUGAUGAACCGACUCAUCGAGAAGUCGGCGGCGAAGAUGAGCUCUAAGCCUGAUUUUGAAGAGCUUUCUAGGCUCAGGGAAGAGUGGACCACUGCUCGUCAAUGUCUGGACAUCUGCUCCAGUGCAGAGAGUCACGUCAAGGAAAACAUUAGCAUCAUCGACAAUUACGCAGCAGGAGAUGACACCGUCCAAUUCUUAGUAUCAACUAACGGAAAGACAAUCCACGGUUGGAGGCCAUCUGAGCGAAGCUUCACUCCAGAAGGUGUCAAGAGAUAUUAG